AGCCCGAACAAGCAAAUUUAUUAAAUUAUUGAGAACGACUCAUAAUGGAUUCAAAAGACAAUUUUUCUCUGGGCAAACCAGCCGAAAUGGAAAAAAAACGCAGGGAUUCAUCGAACCCCGAGGAUGCCUCCAUAUCGACUGGCCAACCGGCGGCUACAUCAACACCUACUAAUUUGAUCCGCAAGAGCGCAAGGGUCGUGGUCCUCCGUCGAAAAACCGUAGAGUCAGAUUUACGCAAUUCUUCAUUGGUAGGUCGAAUACCCGAGUCUUGGGGACAUAUUAAGGGCCGUAAAAAUAUUCGUGCUCCCGAAACCCCUGAGAGGGCUCCUCGAACCCGGAAUAUAUCUUGUAGUCCAAGAACCCCGUACACUUCGAAGCAACCGAAGACUCCACGGAGCGCAAACAGGUUGGCAGGUUUGGUCAAAGAAAAAUAUGCUCAAAUCAAGGGACGUAAGCAGAUUCAAGCUCUUAGCUCCCCAAAAACGGAGCCUCAGUCUUCAUUAAAGACACCGAAGACUCCGAAGGGGUCCCCAAAAACUACCACCUCUAAAAAACAUCCCAAGUCUUCGACAAAAGCUCCUAAGAUGUCACCAACUCCAAUAAAUUUACCAACAAAGAACCCAGCAAAGAUGCCAGUUAAAUCACUUACCAACACCCCAAAGCAGUCGCCGAUUAAAUCGGCGAUGAUUUCUCCAACCAAUUCCCCGAUUCAAUCGACCAAUUACUUACCGGCAAAGUCGGCAACUGGAUCACCGAAAACCCCAAGGAAGAUUUCGUCAAGAAAGUCAUCAAUUGAAUCCCCGAAAUUCUCUCCAAUAAUAUCGCCGAAAACGUCGCCGAUUCCAUCUCCAAUCAAUACUUCAAUUGAACCACCGAAGUCACUAACUAAACUGCCGACUAGUUCUCCAAAGAAAUCUUUAACCGAUGCCCCGAAAGCAGGUUCCUCUGAAGUGGGUUUACUUACAGCCGGUGCCAUUAUAGCACCGUCGGACCUUCGAGUUGGGAAUAAGCGGAGCCUUGCAUCAAGUGAACCCACCUCAGUUGGUAACGCAAGCACUUCUGAAUCGUCUCCAAAACGGGCUCGUCUCCAUGUUCUACAAGUCAGCAUGGGAUCUCCAUUCUCCAUGACUCGCAGCAAGAAAAUCAAAAAGGUUGAAGUAGAUCAGGAUGACGACGAGCCGGUGUCAAUCGAGAUAUCAGGCAAUGAAGGUCAAGAUGGUUUUCCUGAAGUUCUUUCUGAACCGGAGGGGUUUGCGCCCGGAUCCGGGAUGGAUCCCCAGAUGGAGCCUGGGCUGGAACCUGGGGUAGAGCCCGGGUUAGAGCCUGAUAUGCAACCGGAAAUCAUCGAUGCAAUUACUUCCCCUGAAGCAAACGCAAACACCUCAAUGAAAUGCAUUGUAAUGUAAAGACAACAUCACAAUUU